GGCAUGGUCGCUCAUGUGAUGUACACACAGGUCUUCCAGGUGACUGUCAGCCUCGGCCCACCUGAUUGGAGGCCCUACAACUGGGACUACGGCUGGUCCUUCUGCAUGGCCUGGGCAUCCUUCACCUGCUGCAUGGGCGCAUCAGUCACCACCCUCAACUCCUACACGAAGACUGUCAUCGAGUUUAGGCACAAACGCAAGCAUCCGCAAGGUGCACGCACAAGAGGCUUUUGGAUAUUUCCAGGAACGCUCUCUGCACUCCAUCUCCAAAUCAAUGGAGGUUUAUUCAAGCCAGACCUUGAAAAGUGGCAGGAAAACACUCAUACCGGCUGACUCUCUGGACCUGAGUGACCUUCCAACAUCUUUGGGGGAAGAGCAGUGCUGAACGGGACAGGACAGGAGGAGGUGGCAUUCCUCUUAGUGUGGCAACCUGAUGGAUGAACACGCUGUUGUAAUGAUGUGUUUGCCACUCAGUACUGGACUAGUCUCGCAUCGCCAGAUCUUCCUACACAGCACUGUGGAGGAGGGUCUGGCGAGUCCACACAGCAUUCUGGGAUGGGAGAAAACAUGUUCUGGUUUGUUGGCAUUUCUUUAAACAAAUCACAAUUGUGUGAGGCUGCGCUACUUGCCAAACAUAGCAACUACCUCUUGCAAAAUUGCCCAGGAAGCAACUUGUUUUGGUGGAACAUAUGUACCUUCAAAUGUUGUUUCAGUUGUGAAACAGAAAACUCAGAUUGGACAGAUAUUCUAGCUCGUUUACCCUGCAGAGCUCUGAGGAGCAGUUAACCAUGGUCCUCAUAAAUCGACCGGAGUUUAAAAUGUUAACAUAAAGAAAGCAGAAGGAAACGGACGUCUGACUGAAAGGAAAGACAUCCGGUAGAAUUUCCCGUGGCACCUAAACAAUCCCAGAAGUGUAAUGUUGUGGAUAAAGACUAGUAUGGGACAAACCGCUAACCACCAGCUCCAACUGGUUCAUUUUAACACUGCCUUAAUUGUGGGUUUGUUGUUCAUGUUGGGAGUAACAGAGGCCCUGUUCAGACCUGGCAUUAACAUGUGUCUUGGUCAUCACUGGACAGCUGUAGGACACAUAUGGUCACAUUCUUUUAGCAGGAUAUAUGCCAAUGUGUCCUGGGCCACAUUGAUGGACAGCAUUAGGGGACCACUAAGGCCUAUACAUGUCCACCAGUUAUUGUUUGAAAAAACCUAAAACUCAAUUAUUAUUCCGUGGCAUUGUAUUCAUGCUCCCUACAGAGGGCAGCAAAUUUACAUUUCAAUUUCUCAAUUUAUUGUGGUAAAUGUACUUGAGUUUGCAGACACUGUCUUACUUUGGCAAACAUAGUUUGGUUUCAAAAGCAAUUUCUUAAAAUGUAAUGUAAUACAAUGACACAUUUGUUUUGGACUCUUUUAUUUGUACCUAGGGUUAAUUUACAUUUCACAGAGAAUAUAUACUAUUCAGUAUUAACAACUGCUGUUUAUGUUACAGAAAUUACAUUAGAAAUGGCACAAAAUCAGGCCUAGUGUAUAUAUAUUAUUAUACUCAUUUAUCUCACAAGGCGUAUAACUACUGUCAUAGAAACAUACUAUUAAAGUAUAUUGGUAAAAAAAACCAAAGGUGCUCAAAGAG